GUUACUUACCAGUAUUUGUAAGUAGGUAAACUCAGUGGUAAUGGAUAAUUUUCCGAGUGACGAAAUAACACAACAAAUCCAGUGACGACCGCUGUGUCUUUCGGGACAUACGGAUGUUAACUAAAUCGGCUUUUAUUGUUAGUCCUUACCUUGUCUAAUUAAGCUUGCUAGAUAUCUUCCGUUGGGCAGAGUACUGUUUAGAAAAGAUAGGGCGAACUCCAAUAGUGAUCCCAGAUACCAGUGAAUUCUGGGGGUUUCCUCUGCGUGUUACUGAAGAAACGUCGACUGGUCUCUGAUCAACUCGCAACUUUCCAAAUUGUUUCACCUGCGCCGCUUUAGACCUCCCUGGAACAUUCUCUCCGCUCAACCACAAGAGAGGACUUCGCUUUUGUUCCCCAGUCCGUGUUAUGGAGGACGACCAGGCCUGCACCGUCUCAUGUAUGGGUCUGGUGUGGUCUUUAUUUUAUCAGAUGGAGGAGAAACCCAACCUGCUGCUCUCCUUCCACACUGAGAUCAAACAAGAGUCACUGGAUUCAGUGAUGACAUCAGUGAAGCAGGAAGACUGCAGUCAAACACUGGGAUUAAAUGAUAUUACAGGUGAAGAGGAAGAGAUUGAGGAUUUAAUUAAUCAAGAUGGGAUUCCAGAAGUGGAGAAAUGUUCUACAUUUGGAGAGAAACAACACAAAGACUACAAAGUAAAGAAGUCUUACCACUGCUCCCAUUGUGAAAAAAGUUUUCUAUCUAUAUCACAUUUGAAACUUCAUUUUAUCAUCCAUGUGGGAGAGAAGAAAUACUCCUGUUCUGACUGUGGCAAGAGUUUCAGUAAAUCAGCUGCACUUUCACAACACCAGAGAGUGCACACAGGAGAGAAGCCUUACCACUGUACCUAUUGUGGAAAGAGUUUCUCUUCAUCAAGUUACCUAAAAGUUCACCAGCGCCUGCAUACUGGAGAGAAACCUUACUCCUGUUCUGACUGUGGGAAAAGUUUCAUUACAUCAUCUGCGGUUAGUGUUCAUCAGAGAGUGCACACCAGUGAAAAGCCCUAUUCCUGUUCUGACUGUGGGAAGAGUUUCUUUGAUAUCUAUCAACUUAAAACUCACCAGCACGUACAUCUUGGAAUGAUGCCUCAUUCCUGUUCUGACUGUGGGAAGGGUUUCUCUUACUUAAGUAGCCUUAAAGCUCACCAACGCAUACAUACUGGAGAGAAACCUUACUCCUGUUCUGACUGUGGGAAGAGUUCCACUACUGCAGCAGGACUUGCUCGACAUCAGAGAGUGCACACAGGAGAGAAGCCUUAUUCCUGUACCGACUGUGGGAAGAGUUUCUCUUCAUCAAGUUACCUAAAAUGUCACCAGCGCCUACAUACUGGAGAGAAACCUUACUCCUGUUCUGACUGUGGGAAGAGUUUCAAUCAGUUAAAUAACUUAAAAACUCACCAGCGCCUACAUACUGGAGAGAAAUUGUACUCCUGUUCUGAAUGUGGGAAGAGUUUCACUACUUCAGCAGGACUUGCUCAACAUCAAAGAAUGCACACAGGAGAGAAGCCUUAUUCCUGUACCAUCUGUGGGAAGAGUUUCUCUUCAUCAAGUUACCUAAAAUGUCACCAGCGCCUACAUACUGGAGAGAAACCUUUCUCCUGUUCUGACUGUGGGAAGAGUUUCAAUCAGUUAAAUCACUUAAAAACUCACCAGCGCCUACAUACUGGAGAGAAACCUUACUCCUGUUCUGACUGUGGGAAGAGUUUCAUUACAUCAUCUGGCGUUAGUGUUCAUCGGAGAGUGCACACCAGUGAGAUGCCUUAUUCCUGUUCUGACUGUGGGAAGAGUUUCUUUGUUAUCCAUCAACUUAAAACUCACCAGCGCAUACAUACUGGAAUGAAGCCUCAUUCCUGUUCUUACUGUGGGAAGAGUUUCUCUUUCUUAAGUAUCCUUAAAGCUCACCAACGCAUACAUACUGGAGUGAAGCCUCAUUCAUGUUCUGACUGUGGGAAGAGUUUCUCUUUCUUAAGUAUCCUUAAAGCUCACCAGCGCAUACACUCAGGAGAGAAACCUUACUCCUGUUCUGACUGCGGGAAGAGUUUCACUACUUUAGGUACACUUACUCAACAUCAGAGAGUGCACACAGGAGAGAAGCCUUACUCCUGUACUGACUGUGGUAAGAGUUUCAUUCAUUCCUUUACUCUUACUCAACAUCAGAGAGUGCACACAGGAGAGAAACCUUACUCCUGUACUGACUGUGGGAAGAGUUUCACUACUUCAGGUCCACUUACUCAACAUCAGAGAGUGCACACAGGAGAGAAGCCUUACUCCUGUGCUGACUGUGAAAAGAAAUUCUCUUCGUUAGGCAGCCUAAAAACGCACCAACACAUACAUAGUGGAGAGAAACCUUACUCCUGUUCCGCCUGUUUGAAGAGUUUCCUUACAUCAUCUGAAUUUAGUGUUCAUUGGAGAAUGCACACCGGAGAGAAGCCCUACUCCUGUUCUGACUGUGGGAAGAGUUUCACUCGAUUAGGCACCCUUAAAUCUCACCAGCGCAUACAUACUGGAAUGAAGCCUUACUCCUGUUCCGACUGUGGGAAGAGUUUCUCUCGAUUAGGCACCCUUAAAUAUCACCAGCGCAUACAUACUGGAAUGAAGCCUUACUCCUGUUCUGACUGUGGGAAGAGUUUCUCUCGAUUAGGCAGCCUUAAAUCUCACCAGCGCAUACAUACUGGAAUGAAGCCUUACUCCUGUUCUGACUGUGGGAAAACUUUCUCUCGAUUAGGCAACCUUAAAUCUCACCAGCGCAUACAUACUGGUGUGAAACCUUACUCCUGUUCUGACUGUGGGAAGAGUUUUACUACGUCAGGUACACUUAUUCAACAUCAGAGAGUGCACACAGGAGAGUGUCCUUAUUCCUGUGCUGAUUGUGGAAAGAAUUUCUCUUGGUUAAGUGGCCUUAAAUCUCACCAGCGCAUACAUACUAAAGAUUAGACUUACUCCUUUUCUAACUCUGGCAAGAGUUUCUCUCAUUUAGGUUCCCUUGUUGCUCACCAGCGCAUGCAUACAAAAGAGAACCCAUACUCUGGUUCUGAUUCUGGGAAAUGUUUGUCAUCUAGGUUCCCUUCAUACUCAUCAGUAGAUGCAUACUGGAGAAUAACCCCACUUCCCUUCUGAAUGUGGGAAGUGGUUCAUGACAUCAUCUAAACUUACUAUUCAUUGUAGAGUACAUCAUAGAGUACUCACAGAAGAAAAGAUAUGCAUCUUUUCUGCUGGGGGAAGAGUUUUUCAUAACCAAAGAACUUGUUGGAAAGAGAUUAAAUGCUUUGGAGACAGUCAGAUACUGUAGAACAAGAGACUGGAAUAUAAAUAACGCACUCACUAUCCAGGUCUAAACAGUUCAGGGAUGUAUUGUGGAGAAGGAUUUUGGAGUAACUUAAUAUGGUUUGGCUAAAGAAUUAGGGGAAGGAUGGUCAUUGUUCUAGGGGAGGGAUUUUGUAGUUGAUCUGUGUGGAAUAUUAUGUAUUGUUAAUGUUAUUAGUAGUAUAUAUUAAUGUUGCUAUUAUAUAUAUUUUUUUUUAACUAAAGUUAUCAUAUAUUAAUAUUAUCAUACAGUUAUGUUGUAGUUCUUAUUUUAAUGUGCACAUAUCAUGGUGGAUUGUGACAUGUUAUGUAUUUCUUGUGUAGGGCAUGCCCAUGUAUAUGAAGGGGUGUCAUAAUACAACUUAUCUCUUAAAUAUAUUAGGAGAUUCAGACAUAAGGCAAAUUUAAGGAAAAACCAGCAGUGUUUCAGUAAGGUGUUGGGCCACCACAAGCCACCAGAACCGCUUCACAAGCCACCAGAACCGUGUCUUGGCAUGGAUUCUGUGGAACUCCUGGAAGGAAGGAAUGGUAUUCUUGCAAAAGAUAUUUCUCAUUUGGUGUUUUGAGGACACAUUUGGUGUCUUGAUGGUGGUGGUAGAGAGCGCUGUCUAGGGCGUUAAUCCUAAAUCUCCCAUAGGUUUCAGUUGGCUGAGAUCUGGUGUCUGUGAAGGCCAUAGCAAAUGAUUUGCAUCAUUGUCACACUCAUCAAACCAUUCAGUGACCCCUCAUGUCCUGUGGGUGGUGGCGUUGUCAACCUGGAAGAGACCCAAUAAUUAACCCUCUGUCAGAGUCACUUAAGCCCUUUCCUCUUGCCAUUUUGAUCCCAAAUGUAGAUCAGCUGGGCCGACUUGGCACUUUAGUAUUUUUUGUCACAGAGCCUGAUAGGAUGCUUAUUGCUAAGUUGUAUCAUGCAGUACACCCGUGUAGAAGCAUCUUAUAUCACAAGCAUGUUCCUCCACUCAUUCAUUCAGGUUAAUCUUUUAAUUUGUCACACGUCUGCAAGUUUGUAUGUUGUGACAAACUCAGCCAAAGAAAGUGUCUGAAAAUCAGGUGGCUCAUCCUCUUUGUUUGUUAUCGGUCACCAUACGGGAGAGAACUGAGAGAGCUCAGUGUGUUCAGUGAUUCUGCCUCACCCUGGUCCCAGUUCUGGGUUUAAUACAUUUCAGGAGAGGAACUAUGGUGUCUACCAGUCUGGAAGGGGAUAAAGGAUCCCCACAGUUAAAGGUGACUCAUGCAGCAUUUAUCUUUGAAAUAUCAGAUUAUAAUCCUUACAUAUCAUCAGUAGAGAUGCAUUGAUUGGCUGGUGACUGGAAUAGGCUGGUUUUCAGCUGAUCAAUUCUUGUCUUAAAAUAUAUUAUGGGGGAUUUAUGAGACUGUCUCAUAAAUCAGAUUCUGUACUUAUAAAAUGUACUCCCACGCGCGUAAAUGGUUCACAUUGUGCACACUGCGCCCCAGACAGUACUGACACACACACACACACACACACACCUAAAACAUGUCGUCGGUGUGGGAGUUCUUCAGCAUGAGUGUAGAAGACACAAAGCUCACAAUUGGUAAUACCUGUAAGUCCAAAAUUUACGUGGAGGAAAAACAUUGAAAACAUUCAGAACAACAAACUUAAUCAGACACUUCUACCCGGUGGAAAGUGAAUACAGAGUCAAAGUAGAAUCUCUCUACCAGGGCUCCAAUACCAGGAACAUGUGGAGUGGUCUGAAAACCAUCACUGACUAUAAAGGCAACACAGGUAGUGUGGGGGAAGUGCCGGCUUCUCUCCCAGAGGAACUGAACUCUUUCUAUGCUUGAUUUGAGAACAUCAUCCCUGGCAUGGAUACUCAAAUGAACCAGGAUGGCUGCCCUUUUCAAAUGACCAGGUCAGACGUCUGUAAAGCCCUAAAAAGGAUUAACACCCGCAAGGCUCCUGGACCAGACAACAUCUCAGGCCGUGUUCUCAAGGUCUGU